AUGAAGAUGAUCAAAAAGAAAUGGAGAGCAAAUGGCAAAGCCAUUGCGAGCUCCCGAGUCUACCAACUUCAAUUGCAAUCUGGAAAACGUACCGACAGACACAGUGCUAGGAGAAUGGACUAUGACACAUUGCAAAAGACACUCCAGAUCCAGAACGAAGAAAAUGGAUACAACAAUGGAAUGAGGCUCUAA